AUGCCACGCCAACUCAGCUGCGACAACAUUCGUGCCCAGCAUAGGGCGACGACGACAAUCCUGCUCCGAGUCAUCCUACCGUUCGUCAUAUACACCAUAUACAUCGCUCACACCGCCUACACGUCCCACCAGCCUCCCAGCGCCGCCGCCGCGACCGCGACCGCGACAAUGCCCAAGAAACUCUCCAAGCAGCCCACGGGCCUCUCGACCACCAGCGCCGCCUCCACCACCUCGUCGUCCCUAUCCCUCCUCCCGAGCAUCCUCUCCGACGGGGGGCCGCUCCCGCGCGCCGUCGUCUUCGACCUCGACUACACGCUGUGGCCCUUCUGGGUCGACACGCACGUCAACCCCCCUCUGCGGCCCAACGCGGCGCACAGCGCCUGCGUCGACAAGGUCGGCGAGCAGUUCGCCUUCUACGGCGACGUGCCGGCGGUGCUGCACGGGCUAUCCCUCGCAGGUGUCAAACUAGGAAUUGCGAGCCGGACGCAGGCGCCUGAGUUGGGGCGGGAGAUGCUGAAGCUGCUGCAUGUGCCGCCCAUGAGCAGCGUGCUGGCGCCGGACGGCGACAGCGGGGGUAGUGGGGGUGGGAUUAGUAAGGGCAAGGACAAGGCGCGCAAGGCGAUCGAGUUCUUCGAUGCCGGCUUGGAGAUCUAUCCGUCGUCCAAGAUACGGCAUUUUGAGGCGCUGGGCAAGAGGACGGCCAUACCGCAUACCGAGAUGCUGUUCUUUGACGACGAGAGCCGGAAUCGGGAUACCGAGUCUUUGGGCGUCACGAUGUGGUUGGUAAGGGAUGGCGUUACGUGGGAUGAGGUCGUGAGUGGGAUUCAGGAGUGGAGGAGGCGGAGAGGUGUUUGA